UGGGCUCGGGCCGGGGUUCGGGGGCUCUGUUUGGGGCCGAGGAUGCCGCGGGGCAGUGGGAAGGGGAGAAAGGAGCGGGAUGCGGGGAGGGAGAAGGAGGAGGCGGAGGCCGGGGCCGUGGGCUCGCUGGAGGCCGCGGUGCGGGAAGCCCGGAGCAGGGCAGCCCCGUCGGUGCGGGAUUUCCGCUACAACAAGCAGCGGGCCCGGCUCGUGUCCCGGGGCUCCGAGCUGAAAGAAGGCGCCGAGUGCAUCCUCUAUUGGAUGUGCCGGGACCAGCGGGUGCAAGAUAACUGGGCUUUCCUCUACGCCCAGCGCCUGGCCCUCAAGCAAGAGCUGCCUCUGCGGGUCUGCUUCUGCCUGGUGCCCACGUUCCUGGAUGCCACCAUCCGCCACUAUGGCUUCAUGCUGAGGGGGCUGCGGGAAGUGGCCGAGGAGUGUGCAGAGCUGGACAUCCCCUUCCACCUGCUGCUGGGCUGCCCCAAGGACGUGCUGCCCAGCUUUGUGGUAGAGCACAGUGUGGGAGGGCUGGUGACAGACUUCUGUCCCCUCCGUGUCCCCCGGCAGUGGGUGGAGGAGGUCAAGGAGCGAUUGCCUGAGGACGUGCCCUUUGCACAGGUGGAUGCCCACAACAUUGUGCCCUGCUGGGUCACAUCCCCCAAGCAGGAAUACAGCGCCAGGACCAUCCGGGCCAAGAUCCACAGCAAGCUCCCAGAGUUCCUCACCGAGUUCCCUCCUGUUAUUCGGCACCCACAUCCACCACCCAACCCCCCAGAGCCCAUUGCGUGGGAUGCCUGCUACUCCAGCCUCCAGGUGGACCACACGGUGACAGAGGUGGCAUGGGCGACCCCUGGCACUGCUGCUGGGCUGGCCAUGCUGCAGUCCUUCAUCACUAAGCGGCUCAAGUCCUUUGGCUCACAGCGGAAUGACCCGAACAAGGCAGCUCUCAGCAACCUUUCCCCAUGGUUCCACUUUGGCCAGGUAUCCACACAGCGAGCCAUCCUGGAGGUGCAGAAGCACCGAUGUGCCUACAAGGAGUCGGUGGAUGCUUUUGUGGAGGAGGCUGUGGUACGGCGGGAGCUGGCAGAGAACUUUUGCUACUACAAUGAGAACUACGACAGUGUGCGAGGUGCCUAUGACUGGGCACAAAGCACACUGAAGCUCCAUGCCAAAGACAAGCGGCCUUUUCUCUACGAGUUGCCCCAACUGGAGCAGGCCACCACACAUGACCCACUCUGGAACGCUGCUCAGCUACAAAUGGUGCAGGAGGGCAAGAUGCAUGGCUUCCUGCGGAUGUACUGGGCCAAGAAGAUCCUGGAAUGGACCCGCAGUCCUGAGGAAGCCCUACAGUUUGCCAUCUACCUCAAUGACCGCUAUGAGCUGGAUGGGAUGGACCCCAACGGCUAUGUAGGCUGCCUUUGGUCCAUCUGUGGCAUCCACGACCAGGGCUGGAAGGAGCGGGAUGUCUUCGGGAAGAUCCGCUACAUGAACUACGCUGGCUGCAAGCGCAAGUUUGACGUGGAUCAGUUUGAGAGCCGCUACACCCACUGCAAGUGACUGUGACGCAGAGGGGUGAGGGACCUUGAGCUGAUUAGCACUGCUCCCUGCACGGGUGGAUGUGCUUUUUUCAUGGUGCUGGCUUGCACUGACACAGAUUUGCUAUGGGUGGUGGUGGAGGGCUGGCUGCAACAGCAGCAAGUCUCAGGGCUUUGUUGUAAAGCUUAUGGUUUGUAGCUUCUAUGUUGGCAGUGCAACGCGCAAGGCCAGCUGCAUGGUGAGGGAUGCAGCUGCCUUGUCCCUGCUCACACUGAAGCUGAGCUCCCUGCCAGAAGGAAAAAAAAAAAGUUCAGGACACAACCCCAUCUCAUAUUAACUUAGUUUAUUAGGGACGGCAUUUUCAUUGCUACACUGUGCAGCAGUCCCAUUGGGAGGGCUCCAGUGAAAUGCUGGGGCAGCUUGUGGUUCUCCCUUAGAAACAUUUGGGGCCUUGGCAAGCUCCAGCAUCACGUCAGGAUGUUAGUGUUGGACAUCACCUUGCUCCAGAGCCCUCUGCCAGGUUUCAAGUCCCCACUGUUUUCAGAUGGAGGGAAGAAAACAUAAAUAAACCAAAAUCCAUUUGCUUUUUUCUAAAUAUACUCAGUGCUUCUAGAACGGGAUGUGGGCAAUCUCUCAGCCAGUGCCCCAUGACAUUAAAGUGCUUCAAACAAAA